AUGUCUCCCCCAACAACCUCCCACACCUACCGCCGCACAGCAGACGCCACCUCCAUCGAACUAGUUACAGAAAACGUACCUCAGACUCUGAAACCCAACGAAGUCCUUUUAAAGAUCCACGCCGUCUCUCUAAACUUCCGCGACAUAGGCAUGCUCACAAACCGCUACCCCAUCCCCGUCAUCCCCCAAGGAAUCCCUUGCAGCGAUGCCUCUGCCACAGUCCUCGGCGUCGGAUCCGCCGUCACAACCUUCAAACCCGGGGAUCAUGUGACGCCCGCUUUCCAGAUGGACCGCAUCACGGGCCGCGAGAAGAACGCCCCUUUCGUCGCUCUGGGGGGAGAUGUCGACGGCGUGUUGAGGCAGUAUGCGGUUUUCGAGGAGCAGGUGCUGACGAAGAUCCCGUCCUAUCUGUCCCACGAGGAAGCGGCGACGAUUGCGUGCGCGGGCGUGACGGCGUGGACGGCGCUGGGGAUGGGUCAAUCUCACCAAGUCGACGUGGCGCUCAUGCAGGGCACGGGGGGAGUGAGUAUGUUCGCCGUGUUGAUCUGUCUCGCGGCGGGCAUCAGGCCGAUCGUCACGUCGUCGUCGGACGAGAAGUUGGAGCAGGUCAAGUCGCUAGGGACGAAGGAGAGGCCGGUUUUGGGGAUUAAUUAUCGUACGCAUCCGGACUGGGCGGCGGAGGCGCAGAGGCUUACGGACGGCAAGGGGGUGGAUGUUGUGAUUAACAAUGUGGGUGUUGCGGCUAUGGAGCAGAGUUUCGAUGCUCUUUGUUCGAAUGGAGGGACGAUUUCGUUGGUGGGGUUCUUGGGAGGGAUGCCGGAGAAGAUGCCGGAUUGUGUUAUGCCUGCUAUGAUGAAGAUGGCUAAGAUCCAGGGUAUCCAGGUCGGGUCUGUCAAAGACCAGCAGGAUCUGUGCGACUUUCUGGCCGAGAAGAAGGUCGACUUGAAGCCGUUAGUUGACUGCAAGGUCUUCAAGUUUGAAGAUGCUGCAGAUGCGUUCAAGUACGUUGAUUCUGGCGCUCAUGUUGGCAACGUCGUCAUCCGCGUGGCAGGAUAA